AUGAGCAGUCGCACCUCUGGACCUGCCACUCAAUCCUUCCAUCUCCCAGACCUCAUAUCUCUCUCGACCGCCCUUAGCGGCUCGACGAGCCCGUACUAUGCACAAGCAGCAGCGGAGAGCCGCGACUGGGUCGCGAAGUACUCUCACAUCUUCAGUAACCAAGAACGCGCGGCAUUUGCGAUGGGGUGCAACGAGCUUCUCGUUGCGCACACGUAUCCAUAUGCUCCCUUCGAACAAUUCAGAACCGUCUGCGACUUUGUGAACCUGCUCUUUGUGGUGGACGAGGUUAGCGACAAGCAGAGCGGCGUUGAUGCUCGCACCGGGUACAUCUACCUGAAAGCGAUGCGCGACGAUGAAUGGGACGACGGCUCCGAAAUCUCACGUAUGACCAAGGAGUUCCGCGCCCGUCUCGUACGCACCUGCGGCGCUCGCUCUUUUGCCCGCUUCCAGCAGCACAGCGCGGACUAUGUUGAGUGUGUGGCACGCGAGGCCGAGUUGCGCGAGGCGAACGCCGUACUUGACCCCCAAAGCUUCCGCGACUUACGGCGCGAGAACAGCGCAAUCAGGCUCUGCUUUGGCCUGUUCGAGUAUACGCUCGGCAUAGACCUACCUGAUAAGGUGUUCGAAGAUGAUACAUUCAAGACGCUGUACUGGGCCGCCGCAGACAUGGUGUGCUGGGCGAACGAUGUGUACUCGUACGAUAUGGAGCAGUCAAAGGGUCAUACGGGCAACAACAUCGUGACCGUGCUCAUGCAGGCCUAUGGCAUGAAUCUCCAAGAGGCCAGUUCCCACAUCGGUGAGAUCUAUGCGGAGAUGAUGCAAACCUACAUGGACGCCAAGGCGCGCUUGCAAUCCCAUACAUUCGGCGAUACACACCUCGAUUCGGACGUCGCACGCUAUACCGAAGCUAUGGAGAACUGGCCAAUCGGCAACGUUAUAUGGAGCUUUGAGACUGUGCGGUACUUCCCCAAGCCAGAUGAGGUGAAGCGGACGAGGCUCGUAAAGCUCAGGAUGCAACACGAGUACGGAGACAGCGACGAGUCAUCCGAAGGCUCGGACUGA